UUCUGCACGUAUGCCUAAUCGGAGCUGUUGCAGUGAAGAUCUGGAAAGUCCACCGCGGUUGUCUGCUCGAAGUUAUACUGAAGCCAGCAGAAAUGAUGAAUGGAUUCAGCAUCAACAAAAUGCAACCGAGGUCUCAGACAGAAGGAUUUCACAAACUCAAACACUCUUCACCAAAAUCAAACUCAAAAAUGAACUCUUCCUACAAAGAAAACAGCCACUUUUACAAUUCAGAUUUAUCCCUGAACAAUGGGUCCAUGGGUCUGCAGUCUCCAAUUAGGAGUAGGACCAAUACCCCGAAUUCAAGUUUUUUAUCCUCGAGUUUUCUGAAUGCAGUCCCGAGUAGCGGAAGUUUUGUCAGAAGGAAACUGGGACCAGAGGCGGGAAACCCACUUCCUCGAGUGACAAGGGUUCACCCUCAUGUGGCAAGUCCUGCUAGUGUUGACAGACCCAGUGUGACCGCACCCUAUUCAGGGAGAUCUACAUUAUUCGAGUCUGUAUGUUCGCCGGUGCCGGAGACAACAUACCCGGGGCUAGGUGUACCCACAGUGCAUCUGAAGCCAUAUCAGAAGCCACUGUUAAACUUGAGCCGUGUAGCCGAGAUGAAUGAGAAGAGGUGCACUGUGAGGAUAGCUAGCCCCAAUCCCGGGGUUUCUCCAUGGAGUCAUUCUAUACUCCAGAGUCCUGACGGCAGUAAGAAGCCUAACCCAUGUGAUGCCCAGACUAUCAUAGCUGCACUCAAAGAAUCUCAGAAAAGAAAAAGAAAAAUUGUCACUGAGGAAGAACUGAACACCACUAUUUCAACACCAGAGAAAGCCAGUAAAAAGAGGAAACAGAUGAAAAUGACAGAGAAAAGUCCAGAGACCCACAUGCCAGCUUUUCCAAAUGGAGAACUGGGCAUAAACUUUUCCCCCAAAAGGAUAUCCUCCUUAAAAAGACCCGCACUGUCGUCUGCUGGACAGGAUAAUCGGGAGUAUCAUAUAAAACACAGCUCGGCAAAAAGAGCCAAAAGCAACAAAAACAAUCCCAUUCUCAGUUCAUUGAGCUCAUCUAAAAGAUGGAUUCAGAAACAGAAGCUCAAAGAAAAGAAGAGGAAAUCUGUAUCCAGUCACAGCAGGGCCAGCACUCCGGCCAGCUUGGACAGAAGUUCUAAAGACUCGGACAGUGCAAUAGGAGAUAGCAAUAGGAGUAGCCCAAGUAGAGAAGAAGCAACAGCAAAUAAAAAUGAUGAAGCCCCUGCCUCAAAGGAGAGCCAAUCAGAACAUGACGAGGUCUCCAACACUAUGUCUACUCCAAAGAGAAAUUUAUUUCCGCAGAAAACGAUAGGUUCAGCAAAACGAAGAAUGGGGCAGAUACAUAUCGCACCAGAUAUGCUCAAUAAACAGAAACAGGUAGAACCAUACUUUAUACCCUCUCCAGAAGAUUAUGAAAAAGAUCGUGAGAUGGCAGAGAAGAGAUUGGAUCAUAUGUUAGCCAUGGUGGACAAAGGGUUGCAGGAGAAGAAAGAUAAACAGAAGUUACAACAGGCAAGUGAAACAUCUUUGGCCAGUCAAAGCAGCACUCUGUCCACUGUGACCACAUCGAUAUCGGUCAGUAACAUUUCCCUGCCCACAACAGCAGCAACAACAACUGUAAGUGGUGGAUUUUCUUUAAAUCUGCCAUCUUCAAGUUCCAACGCUUCAUUGUCAUCAACAAUGGGUACGACAACUGUAUCAACAACAGCAGGAACAACAACUACUUCUGCCACAGGUUUUAGUUUGACAUUGCCUACUCCUGUCAGUAAGAGCACAGGUUUGAGCAGCUUGCCCACGACAAGUCAAUCCAAGACUUCAGGGUCAGAGACUGUUGCCCAUGCAACUGCAGUAGCACCUGGUGGCUUGCAGUUUGGUGCAGCCGCAUCAGAUAAGGCAAACAAAAAUGUAGGUGGAGACACUAAACAGGAAAAUACCAGUUCUCAGUCAUCUGCUCAGUCACAGUUUUCAUUUAAGCCAGCAUUCCCUGUUGUAUCGGCCACUCCCACGGUAACAUCAGCACAGUCCUCCUCCAUAGGUGGCAGCACAAGCUCCACUCCAAGUACAACCUUCCACAACACCUAG